CGGUGUGACUGAAUGUUCCUGCAGUAAAGAUUCGCGACGACAUGCGAAUUAAUGAACAUAUUCAGGUGCGAUUUGUGCAGCGUUAUGUUGUACAUUUAUAUUUUCUUUUCAUAUUUAGAUCUGAAGAAUGUUUUUGUUUAUCGUGGGAUGCUCUGUGCUCACGGUUCAGUCAGGUUUGAGCCGGCUGACAUGGACCAUGAAAUAAAAUAUAAUUUAACCGGGUUUGGUCGCGUUGCUAAACAUUAAUAUAAGCUUUAAAGGACCGUGGUGACAAAGUGAUGCAUUCAAAGUGUCUGUGAAGAUGAAUAAAUCCAGCGGAAGAUUGUGUUUAACUUUGAGACAAUGUGAAGAACGUAUUCCUCUUGGAAUACACUAAUGGGCAUCUAUGAAACACUGGAUUUCACACUACCAAUACAAGCUGGAAAAUAAACUCGAGCUGCCAUGCGUAUCAGUUUCUGCCAGGGCCUGUUAACCGGAGCCAUUAUCCUCAAUCUCCUCAUUCUCUACUAUGUAUCUCGAGCUCAGCAGCAAAUGAUGGAGAAGCGGAAGGAACAUGGCAAAGGCUCAAGGAGGGCUUCACUACCAGUCUCCAAUCUUGCAGGAGGGUUAGGGAGUCUGAUGGGUCUGGGUGUUGGGCUGGCUGAGCAUGGCGCAGUCGGGUUAGAGGGACUUGGUCGUGGACCACGUGUGACUGUGCUUCUUCGAGAGUUUGAAAAUUUUGAGAACUAUGUUGCAGAUGUGGCCAAUUCUUUCCUCCACCAGAGGCCUGAACUUCCCUUCUUGGCUGUGGCCGACACAUCUCCCUACCCUCCCCUUGUACUUCCAGAGGGGGCUCGCCUUCUUCUGCUCUCACCCAGCCCGGAUCAACCACCCCAAGCUCACAGGCCAGAGUUCCACAUCCAGACCGAAUUUGUGCUGCUUGUGCCUGAUGGCAUUGAAUUGGAGCAACCACGGGCUAUUGAGAGGCUAAUUAGAGAGCUGGAAGGUGAGGGUGGGGGGCCUGUGCGGAUGGUGGCUGCACCUGUGCUGGCUCGAUCUGCUGUGCAGUGUCUCCACUUACGUGUCAGCCUUAGAGAAUGGACAGCUACCUACUCACCAGCAGCAUCUGGAAGUAGCGGGAGUGUCUGUACAGCUUUACAAGGAGAUGCUGUUGUCAUCAUCCGCGCAGAGGACCUCUUCAACCUGUCUGUACCUCUAGGACAGCCGCUAUUCGCCUCACUUUUCAUCCAGACUGCAUUGAGAGGAUGGAAGGUCAAGCUCCUGGAGGGACCUUGUUUCUCUGCAAACCACAGGCCCCUCUUCAGCUCAGCUCACAACCAGUGGAAGGCUGAUACUAGGCUAAAGGAGACUACGGGGAAGCUCAUGAGGAGUUUUGGUCUCAAGCGUCUUUUGAUGCCUGAUGGGAAGGAACAGUGGUUCGGUUGCAGUAAGGAGACACCUCGCUGCUUUGGCACUGUGCAAGAUGACACCCCUGAAUACCUCUAUCUGGAUCACUGGACACCUCCCUGUUGUCUACGGGCACUCAGAGAAACCACUAAGUAUGUCAUCAACAUCCUAGAAAGUUCUGGUGUCCGCUACUGGCUUGAGGGUGGGACUCUGCUGGGUGCUGCCCGCUAUCAGGAUAUCAUCCCAUGGGAUUAUGAUGUUGACCUGGGUAUCUAUCUAGAGGAUGUACCCAACUGUGAUCACCUGAAGAACCUGGACUCAGGUUCACUGGUUGAUGCUAAUGGUUAUGUUUGGGAGCGGGCAGUAGAAGGAGAUUUCUACAGAGUCCAGUAUAGUGAGGCCAACCAUCUCCAUGUUGACCUGUGGCCAUUCUAUCCACGUAAUGGCGUCAUGACCAAAGACACAUGGACAGACCACAAACAAGAUGUGGAGUUUCCAGAACACUUUCUGCAGCCACUGGUGCCCAUGACCUUUGCUGGUAUCACUGUCUAUGGCCCCAACAACCACCGUGCCUUCUUGGAGCUCAAAUUUGGAGAAGGGGUGAUUGAGAAUCCUCAGUAUCCCAACCCUGCCAAAAAAAGACUGGACAAGAGCAAAUUAUAAGAGGGGAAUUACGACACUCUACACCAUUUUGUGUUGCACUGUGUAUACUUCACAUCUUCUUUUUUAAACAAACCAAAAGUUCCAGCUAGUAAUGAACUGUUGGUGCCAAAAUUAACACCAAUCCUUUUUGUCAGUAUAUUAAAGACCUCAACAGGCCCUGAAGUCCACUGGGCUGGUAUUUAUCCCCACAUACCGUAGCAUGAAGUAGAUGAGAGUCUAUGAGUCCCCAUGGACGGGACACCAAUCCAUCUUGGGUUACUUCCCCAGCCAAGAACAGUGGGUGGACUGGGACAAUACAGAUGAAGUGUCUUGUCCAAGGAUACAAACCGGGAUGAAACACAGACCUGGAAUUAAACUGUAGUCUGUAUAU